UUUCAACAUAUUCUCAAACAUUGUUAUCUCCGGGCAUUGCACGUCUUUAUAGGGCGCGUGAAACUCGCUCCGGAUUUCUUCUAUUGAUAAAUCUACAGUUAAAAACAUGUUGUUGAGGGUUUUAGUCCUUUUGGGAACCAUUCUUGUGGUUGCACACGGUGCUAAUAAUCACGUCCCAGCUAGUGAUUGUCACAUUGAUGAAUUCUAUCAAAAAUGUGAGGAUAGUAGAGAGAUUGUAAAGUGUGAGUUCACCUGCGAUAAUUUCCGCCUUCCGAACAAACCGCUCUGUGAUUGUGAGCCGAAAUGCGUGUGCAAGCAUAAAUACGUGCGUGACACGGCGACGAACAAAUGUGUCUAUCGUUUCCAGUGUCCAGACACAUGGUGGCCAUGGACUGGAUACCAAGAGGAAUCAAAGAAGACAUUCGAAUAGAAUAAAAUACUCAGAAACCAAAACGGAUCUCCAUUAUGUGAAAAUAUAUCAAAUAUAUAACAUAGUUUAUUAUACUUAGGCAACCCAAAUAACAUUUGAUCUAAUACUGAUUACUUCGCAUGUGUAAUUAGUAUUCGUGUCGGUGUUUUUGUGUAAUUAGAUGAUGGUUAAUCAGAAACGAACGCAUCCAAACUGUUACGAUGUAUUACUUGUCACACAACCUGUUAUUAACCAAACGAUGGGUAGGUUUAGUUGUGGAUAAUUCGGCGAUGAAUUACGAUCGGAGUGGGCCUCAUGCGAGGAAAGAUUUGCAUUCGUGGAGAUAUUAUAAUGAUCACUUUAAAGUUGAACGUUUGCCAGCUUUACCACCUCAGGGACCAGUGGGACCACCUCCUGCGUAUAAAAAUAUACGUCAGUUUCAUGAUUUUAAUGCGAAAGGACCGUUAAAUGUGUCUAAACACUCAGUUUCAAAGGAGCAGACAUUUUGGGAGAAGCUCAUUGAUGGUUUUGAUCAUUAUUGUGAUACUAGUUCACUGCAUGGGUUGAAAUAUGUCGGGGAGAAUCGAUUUAGUAAACCUGAACGGAUUUUUUGGUUAAUUGCUUUCUUGGUUGCCGUUGCCUUGGCGAUAGUCUUCAUCACUAGCCUCUAUGUCAACUAUGAUAACAGCCCUGUUAUCGUCAAUUUCAGUCCUGAAAUGAUCAAUGUCCAAAACAUACCUUUUCCUGCUGUGACAAUCUGUAAUACUAAUGUUGCUCUUAAAAGUCGUGCAGAAAUCGUUAAACGUUCCGGUACACCAGCUCAACAAUUGGUACUUGAUGACAUGUGUAAUUCAAAUACUUCAACAAAUCACGAUGAUAUUGGCCCUAUUUCAUGGAAUACCAUGGAAAAUGUCAUCAUAAACAUCACACAAAAGUGUAGUGAGAUGGUUAUUGGUUGUAAAUGGCAAAGUAAGACUUAUGUAUGCAAAGAAUUGAUAAAUUCUGUCUUAACUGAUGAUGGGUAUUGCUGUACCUUCAACAGACUUCCUGUUAAUUUGAUAUAUAAAAUACCUCCUGAGCAAAACCAGUUAGGCUUCCCAAAUGACAUCGUGCCUUGGUACCCUGAGGCAGGCUACCCUGCCAACGCUAAAGAUGAUGUUUAUCCAUACAGGGCGUUUGGUCGUGGUGUCAAUCAAGGUUUAUCCCUUGUUUUGGACGCUGCUUUAGAUGAAUAUUAUUGUUCUACUACAAAUGGCUUUGGAUUCAAGAUUCAACUUCAUACACCAAGGGAAGCUCCAAAAAUUGCUGAUUUAGGUUUCUUGGUACAACCUGGUAUAGAAUCACGUAUUGUGAUUGAUACUAAUAUUGAACAAGCAUCUGAUUCGAUUCGUGGUAUUGAUUAUCGUAAAAGGAAAUGUUUUUUUGCUUUUGAGAAAUAUUUGCGUUAUUAUAAUAUGUAUAAUGCAAGGAAUUGUAUGUUGGAGUGUGAAGCUAACUAUACUUAUGAGCAGUGUGGAUGUACGCCAUAUUAUUUACCCAGAGAUAUGGAUAUGAAGAUUUGUGAUAAGUCGGAUGAACAGUGUACGACACAAGCAAAAUUUGUUAUUGAACGUUAUGGGCCUGAAAAGUUAGCUUGUGAUUGUUUACCUGGGUGUUAUCUGCUUGAAUAUUUUCCUAGUGUUUUAUCAGAAGGAAAAUUGAUGAAUUUGAAUAAUAUUACUGAUUCAGAGUUCUUGGGGAAUUAUUCUCAGGAAUAUUUUGCAGAAAACAUGGCGAUUGUUCACUUCUUUUUCGGCGCUGAAAGAUUCCAAGUACAAGUUAAAUCAUCAACGUAUACUUUUUCGGAGUUUCUUUCGAAUACCGGUGGAUUAUUGGGAUUGUUUUUGGGUUUCAGUUUUCUGAGUGUUGUGGAAAUAAUUUACUUCUUGUUUAUUAGAGGUGCUUGUGUGUGGUGUCAAAACAAGAGGAGUAAAAAUCAAGUUAAACAGCGUGUAUUUGUUCAAUAAAAAUUGGAUUUGCAUGAAUUUAUUCAAAUAACUCACGUUCUUGCUAUGUAGAGACAAAAACGAGUUGUAAUAACACAAAACUAUCUCUAUUUAUAAAUAAACUGUAAUUAUCCAUGA